AUGUCACAGCCAGCCAAAAGCACCUUCCAAACCCUCCCCUACGACAUAAUCCACGAAAUAUGCACCCACCUCCCAAACACUGCUUUCCAAAACCUCAAAUUGGUCUGCAAGGAUGUUCUCUCAGCUCUUCCAGUGUCCCGUCUCAAUCCACGUCAGCGAACUAUUUUUUUCGUCAAAAAGGAAAUAGAACUACUCAGAGCCCUACGUUCCAGUAGCCGAGAGCAUCGAAAUCAGAUUAGUCAUAUAGUAUUCGACUUAUCGUCUCCUUAUGUAAAAUUUAUCGACCAGUUUUCGGGUUUCGAUAGAAAUCUUCUGAAAUAUUCGAGGUUAAUUCGUUCGUUAGCGGUUUCUGGGAAGUGGUUUGCGGGGGGGCGUCGUCCUAAAUGGUUACCCUUCCCUAUCCGCAACUGGGAUGAUGCGCCAAUUUUUGGUUUCGACGGCAAAGGUGUCAAAAAAACGAUUGAGCCGACAAAUACUACAAUCUCCGGUCUUCUAUCCGCGACCUCAUUGAAUGAAUCAAACUCUUCGGCCACUGAAAUUGACCACCCAGACCUCCAAGAAUUUUUCCAAACUCUAACAGAAACACUCAAAACUCUUCCCAACAUUAGAACUUUGGAAAUCCGUUCGAAUAACGCCAAAACGGCUUCAGUAAUUCAGACGUUCUGGAGAAGAUACAAUCCUAAUAUAAACGAUUUCUUUGAGAAGUAUCCGGAGUUAGAAGCUCCAUUGUCAGAAAAUCCGUCAUGGCAGAACUGCUUCGACCUCAUAAAACCAAUCAAAAACGAGCGAAUCCGCUUCGACGACGCCUAUAUAGGCCUCCUCGACUCUGCUGCAAAGGCUCAAUGUCAAAUCACCGAAGUCAGAAUAAAUGCGACCAACAUCCUUCGAUGUGAAGAGACCAAUCUAGCUGAAUACGCCCGAGAGCUUGUGACUAGGUCUAACUUUGAUCAAUACGCCGACUUGUACAAAAACAGCUUCGCAGAUCUCACCAACCUUGAAUUCCCUAUUUCUUUGUGGGGAUGCUACGAUGGAGGAUUUAGAAAGUACUCUCAGCCGUCGCCAAUAUUCUUAACCCUUCUACAAAGCAUCGAAGAGUUGACCAUUACCCGAGUACGGGCUCGGUACGCCUACAAUUAUGUGUGGGAAGUCCAACCUGAUCUUUUCAUUCCCACUGAUUUGAUCCUACCAAGGUUAAGAAAGUUGGAGAUCAUUGAAAUUGGAAUACUCGUGCCAGUCCUGGAGUUUCUAAAAGCUAAUAAGGCUUCAUUAAAGAAGCUAAUUUGCACUUCGGCUUUCAAUCAACGAGUCUUGAGGGUGGAUAUAAUACAUAUUCUCUCUAUUGUACAUAACGACCUCGAUCUUGACUAUUGCCGGAUGGACUUUUUGACGAACAAAAAUAUUAGGAAGCUGUGUUAUCUUUGCAUAGAGAUCACCAAGAGCGCUGGAGAUGUCCGCUCUAAAGAUGGCAAGAUCGGGCCCAGCCGUUAUAGGUAUAGACUAGGUACGAAGUGCCAAACCGAGUCGAAGGUCGGGUAUAAAUACUCAAAAGAGCCAGAAGGGGGGCAACCGACUUGGACCGACAAAGGAAGCUGGGAGGAGUUUACUACUGCAAUAGAGGAGAUAGGAACCUCAGGAAUUUGCGACCAACAUUGGGACGGUGAUCAGAAGCCGGCUGCUGGUUUAGUCUACUACUAG